UCCUAUCUGAUCAACGUGAGUGUUUUACUUGGCUUAGAUCUGAAAUGCUCACGCCUUUCGAACGUCUCGCUCACAAAUUCUCUUCUCCGUGUUUUCGCAGAUCUCCCUCCACAAGACAAACCAGGCCUUUGGCCCGGCUCAGCUGAGCUUGAAGAAGGAGGAGUACCACUGGUUCCAGAGGUUCCUGGCGCUGCGGGAACACCUGGUGGGCGGGCCGGAGGCGGUGUACUUCUUCUACACGUCGACACCCAACCCCUGCAAGAAUUUAAACAAUUACUUCCAGGGAGCUUGGGUGUCGAUGGGACUCCCCGGCAAGCCCACCUUCACAGACAUCCGCACCUCCAUCGCCACCCACGCUAGGAACACCCACAACUCGGACAACCGGCAGAAAGUGGCCAAAUUUAUGUGCCACGACACCUCCACGGCCGAUAAAUUUUACGCAAUGAACCUCAGUUCAAAGCAGGCCGUGGAGCACCGCCGGUUGUUCGAGGAGGCGUUGGUGGGGGUGGAGGUGUCGCCGUCUAAGCCGGCCGAGGAGAGGCAGCCAUUGAAGAGGCGGGCCAAGUCCAAACACGGCGGGAAGGCGAAACGUGCAAAGAGGGCCGCCUCUCCGCCAGACUCCCCGCCGUCGACGAGCGACUCCGAGGAGGAGGCCGUGCGCUAUCAGGAGUCGGGGGUGUCCUCGCUCGAGUCUCCCUCGAGCUUGGAAGAGUACCCCACCCACCUCGAGCACGAGAGCUCGGUGGCAGACCCCUCCUCCUCCUCCGAGCCGCGGGGUCGUCCCCUCGGCCGGCUGAGUCUCCAGAACACGCAGCCCAGGAACCGGCCACCUCCGAGCCAGACUCCUCAGAGCCCGCCGCCCCAGAGCCCGCCGCCUCAGAGCCCGCCACGUCCGAGCCGGCAGCCUCCGAGCUGGCAGCCCCCGAGCCGGCAGCACGGCCUAAAAGACCUGUCAGGACCACCAGGAGGAAACCCAUGGUGGUCCUGUCACCUCUGAAGGUGUUACCGGCGAAGGGGUCGCCGGUGAGGAGGCCAAGUCCCUCUUAUCAGCUGACCGGCUUGGCCAAAGCAAGCCGUGCGCGGGCAAAGGUGCAGCGGGCACUGAGGGAAAUGAAGAAGUGAGCAAUUGACUUUUUUGUGUGUUGAUUUGUUGUAUUUUGUGUUUUAAUCAGUUCCAAUAUUCCAAAAAUUUGUAUUUAAUCAGUUCCAAUAAUGUGUUUUUAAUCAGUUCUAAUAAUGUGUAUUUAAUCAGUUCCAAUAAUGUGUUUUAAUCAGUUCUAAUAAUGUGUAUUUAAUCAGUUAAUAUAAUGUGUUUUUAAUCAGUUCUAAUAAUGUGUUUUUAAUCAGUUCUAAUAAUGUGUUUUUAAUCAGUUAAUAUAAUGUGU